UGUAGCGUUAUAUUACGUACAGAAAUCGUUAAAUACUGAGACGUUUUUUUUUUUGAGGGAGGUGGGCUGAGGGGAGGAGCCAACCCCUAAGUUAUUUUACGUUAAAUUCGUUUCUCAAAUGUCCAUCCCAGUGACAGUGCCCCAUCAACACCCCUCAUCCCAACCACACCCACUUUUAAAUGCAUUCCGCUGUAACUGCAGUGGUGGGGUGUUCGCCUGAGGGCAGUGGUUCACAGGACCCAUCGCCCUAAAUGGACUGGACGUUUGCCGCCCCAACCAUUGUCCUAACCAUAAGCGUAAGAGACGGGGGGGGGGGGGGAGGGGAGGGGGACAACUGCCCCCCUAGUGCAGGAGCAAAACCUAAAAAAAUUCUUUAGGAGUAUCCUAUAUGGUAACUUUUCACUCUGUCGACCAAAUGUCGAAAUAAUAUGUUGGAUACAAAAUAAUACGUACUCUUUUUUUUUUUUUUAAUGUAAGGUUGUCGUAGGAUAGACGUUUAUAGUUUUCUGAAUAAUGUGAUGGGCGGGGCUGGGAUUUGUAUGUUAGCUGUGAAUAAUAGCUGUAGCCUACUCAAACAAUAGCUAAGCAUGUUAUCAACUUGUCAUCUAACUGGUCGUGUAACUUCGCCCUACAUUGCUCGGCUACGACAAGGAAGUAUUUUGCAGUAAGUGAAACCAGAAGUUGAAAUUUCAACGAAAUCGCUUAGAGAGAACUAGCGAUCGAACUGGUCGUGUGACUUUGCGCCACAUAAGGAAGUAAUUUUCACUGUAAUUAGCUUCACCAUUGUAAAAUGAAAUGCAGACAAUGCAACCGAGAAAAAUUGAGACAGGAAUUCCCCCCUGAAGACCUUACUGAGGACUGCAUGCAUCCACGAUUCUACUGUAUGAGGUGUGUGAUAGCAAAAGCCAAAGAGAAUGAGAAAUGUCCACAUCCUUCAUGUGACCAGCCAGUUCCGUUCAACAGCGACAUAAUAAAAUUACUUCAACACACAUUGGCAGAGAUGUUCACUGUCUACACGGUCAAAGAUAUUCCAUCCAUCGUGACUGAGGCAUCAGUCAGUGGAACUAUUAGAGUAUCUGUCUUGAAUGGAGACAGCACCGAUGUCCUGUUCAACUCAACCAUGACUGUAUUGCAGCUGAAGGAGCAAAUCAAGACUGAACUGGGUCACGAAGUUCAGAAACAAAAACUACUAUGGAGUGAGAAAGAAUUGAAGGUUUAUGGGGAUGAUGGACAUUAUAUGAAACUUGGAGAGUACAAUAUGCAGCCGAAUGAAACGAUUCACCUCGUGGUUUUGAUGUUUGCCGUUCCUGAUCGAUUUGAUCAUGUGACCUUCGAUCUCUACUGGGGAUAUCCAGAAUUUGGAAGUCGUUUUCUGGAUGCAUCAUGUCUGCUUUUUAAUAAGAAAAAGAUUAUUCACGUUGUUGAUUAUCGUCGCCGUCCAGGACUUGGUAAUGCUGUAACUCACUCUGGAGAUGCAAUGAUGGAUGAUGCUAACCGUAUUGGACACCAGACCAUCGAUGUUCAUUUGAAGAAACUACCGACCGAAGUAACACAUUUAUUUUUCAUACUGAGUGCUUUUCUCACUUCUUCACUUGAAACAUAUCCCAAUCCAAGUUUGAAAUUCUUUGAAGCAUCUGAUCCAGACAAAGACCUUUGCAAGACAACAUUCACGCAUGCCAAAACCAGCCAGGCUGUUGUCAUGUGUUCCAUGUCACGCUCGAGUGCUGGAUGGGAGAUUUAUGAAUCUGGAAAACUUUCUGCAGGAAAUGCCGCAAACUAUCGACCGCUGGUAAUAAAUAUACGAAAGUUAAUGGACGAAGGGUAUUAAAUUUCCCUGCAGACUGAAAGUUUUUACGAUUAAUACAGUGCAGAUGCAGGUUUAGGUAUUUGUAGUUUUGUUUUAAUAAUAGUGAAAAAUGUACUAUUUCAAGGAAUAUUAUACAUGUACAUGUAUUUUAACUCUCGUUUUUGCAUCCAGUAAUUCAGCUGUGAUCCCACUCCAGAUUCAUCUUUGCUGAACAUAGUAUGUGCAGCCUGCUACACAUUUUUCAAUUUCCAUAAAAGUACAAUCAAGCCCUGGUCUAUCUCUGCUGUACAGCCGUCGAUAUAUGAAUUUGUUUCUACAUUUUUUGAGGUUUGUUUUCCUCUUCGAUGUGAGGACUAUUGAUGCACUGAUGGAACUACACAUAGAAAAUGUUUGUAAAAUGAUGUACUGAUAACGUUUCAGCACGUUUCAGUAUGUAAUCCACAUAUGAUUUACACUAUUCCAAUUUGUUCAUCAUGAUGAUUACACAAAAAUAAUAAAGUAGCCUCUGACAGA